CUUGGUCCACAGCAUCAUACCUAGGACUUUUCACAGGCACAAACUACAUUUUCUUAUGAAUGGAAAGAGAAAAAAUCAGUUCGGCUUAAAUUGGGACUCAUCCUUCACUGAGAUCAUAGAAGGAAAACAACAAAAGCAAGACAAGGGGAACCGCCAGAAGAGAUGACAAUGACUACAAUUCCAGAAAGUCUUAAUAGCCCUGCCUCAGGAAAAACCGUUUUCAUGGAGUUUGGACCCCCGAGUCAACAAAUGUCGCCUUCCUCCAUGUCUCACGGACACUAUCCAAUGCACUGUUUACAUUCUGCAGGUCAUACCCAGCACGACAGCUACAGUCCAGCCUCGUCGUUCCCUAGGUCUUUGGGUUAUCCAUACGUAAACUCCGUCGGCAGCCAUUCCACCAGUCCAUAUCUCAGCACAGUACAGACUUACCAAAACAGCUCGACACUCACACAGACGCGGUUAGAGGAGACAGCGCCAGAAGCAGAGAAAAACACGGUGGUGGAAGGCGGAGAGGUUCGAUUCAACGGGAAGGGGAAAAAGAUUAGGAAACCAAGGACUAUCUAUUCCAGUUUACAACUUCAAGCUCUGAACAGGAGAUUUCAACAAACUCAGUAUUUGGCGUUACCGGAGAGGGCUGAGCUCGCAGCGUCGCUGGGUCUCACUCAGACACAGGUGAAGAUUUGGUUUCAAAAUAAACGCUCUAAAUUCAAGAAACUGAUGAAGCAAGGCGGUGGCACAAUUGACACCAACGCUUUAGCCACCGGCCGCGGACUGUCGAGCGGCUCUCCCUCGGUGGCACCUGUCUGGAGCUCGCCGACCACCGUGAAGACCUCGGUGGGGACAACCGGAUCUUACAUUCCCAGCUACACCUCAUGGUAUCCAACCACACACCAAGAGUCUAUGCAACAGUCACAGCUCAUGUGAACAGAGACCUCAGCCCUCGACUCUGCCAUGGCUCGUGUAUCGGGAUGGUGAAGGGGCCUCUGCGCGGCCCAGCACUGAUAAUACACAACAACAACAACCCCGGAGUUUGCUGCCGCACGCCGCCAGUUGCAGUGGCCUCCUCGUGACGGCAAGCAGCAUAGAAGAAGAAGGGAGGGAGCUGAGAGACUGAAAAGGCACGCAUUGCGCCCAAGGGCAACAAGUCUGUGACAGUCAGCGGAAAUGGAAGACAAAUAGAUCCUUUUUUUGGCUGCUGUUUAUCACUUUUGUGUCAGUUUCUAUAUUUUUUUAAUCAUAUUUGUGUGAGUUAUUCUGUUUAUAAGAAAACACGUGUUUGUUUACACCAGAUGUUGGGCCCAAAGUGAUGCUGACCUGAAACCAAUCUGCAUUCAUUAACAGUUAAAGGUCUACUAGGCCAUAAGGGGUGUUUCUUUAACCAAAUAAUUACAAUUAAUAAACCAUCACCAUAAUGCUUACAGCACAUUCAACCACAGGACAUAUUGUGCAAAGCCUCAAAUCGCUACUAUGUUGUUUAUAUGUGUUUGUUAUUUAAGUUAAAUUAUUCAGACUAGUUUUUCUGUUGAGGUAAGUCUGUGUUCAUUUU